AAAGCCUGCCGGCAUGCCACUGCCAAGGUACGGAGUAACUCCAUCUACAGGAGCAGUGUGUGGAAUAGUGACCUGUAGACCUCUGGCGAGGCCAUUCGCGCUGACCCGGGUGGAGAACAUCUCCACAAACAGCACACCGACCAGCCUCCUUUCGUGGUGCCAGUACAGACUCAGUUGUGAGAGUUGAUGUAUGCUCGUACAGCUCAGGUCAACUCGACUCGGGGACCAAAACCUCGCAAAGAAUGUCGUCAUGCGCAUGCCCCUACUUCCAUAAAAUGGCGCCAAACUCUGAACCAAAAAGAUUGAUCACACAUUUUACACAAAAAAAUGUGUUGCAUCAUUUUGACUGUACUUUUUAUGAAAAUACGACUUCUAAUUUUGUAGAGAAAUUGAGACAAGUACAAGGAUUUCAACGAGUACCAGUUCAACGAAGUAUCUGUAUUGCCUGACCGGGUAUGGACCAGGAGGAUGGGGAACUGGUAUCAUCUCCAGAGGGCUCUGACGACAAUAUCCAAACUAACCCGACGAAGGCAGGAGAGUCGACCACACUGAGUGGAUUAUGUAAAAGAGCAUCUGACAACGACGAGGACUGUGAAGAAGGUGAAUUGAGUGAUUCAGACACAGAGAAGCAGGAAAGUCGCUCAUGGAAGCACCAGAGUUCAGCAGCAGCCAAUGCUUCUAGCAGCGGCAAAUCAACAGCUGUGGAAGACAAGACAUCCACUGCUGCUGUCGCGACUAAGACUAAGAGUCGCACUGAAGACUCGGAUUGCGAAGAGGGAGAGCUGCCUGACGAAGAUGAUGCUCUGGAAGAAGGCGAAGUUCCAGAGUCUAAAGAGGAGGCCUUGAAAGCAACUCGCAUCUGCAACUAUUUUCAGCAAGGUACAUGCACAUGGGGACAGCAUUGUCGCUACUUGCAUCCUGGAAUCAAGGGUGUGCCUGGAAAUUACGAGCCACCUCCAUUUCCACCAGGUGGGCCCCCAGGACCGCCAGGACCACCAUUUGAGCCACCGUUUGAGCCUCCGUUUGAACAACCGCCAUUUGAUGGACCUUUUGAUGGUCCCUUCGACGGCCCCUUCGAUGGUCCUUUUGAUGGACCACCACCCGGACCGCCUGGGCCACCAGGGCCACCUGGUAUGUUUCCUCCCCCUAUGGCACCAGGUCCUGGACCUGGUCCGGGCCCAAUGCCCCCAGGCCCCCCGGGCAUGUUUCCACCCAUGCCACCUCCAAUGCAGAUGCCUGGUAUGGACCAGCCGAUGCCCUCGCAGCAAAUGCCGCCUGGACACGGAGAGGAUGACUCUGAUGCGGAAAAUGAAGAAUCUUGGAACGAGAAAGAAGCCUUGUCUGCGGCAGAAGCUGCAAAACCAAAGACAGCUUGGGAGAUUGGAAUGCAGAAUGCCAAGGAGGUAAUACGACGUGCGAAUGAGCGCAAGGAGCAUGCCAGUGAGCUGGCAGCAAGCCAGGAAAAGAAGCGCCUGCAGCAAGAAGAGUUGCGGCAGCUGAGACAGCAGCAGAGGCAACACUCUCGCCGCACCGGUAGCACGACGAGAGACAACGACAGCACUGGUGUGCAAGAUCGCGUGCAUUCACCUGCGCCGGGUGCAGGCAGGAGCCGAUGGUCGAACGCACCGUCUGGUGGAAACCGGGGCAGGCCAGGACGUGGUGGUGGUGGUGGUGGUGGUGGAGGAGGUGGCAAUAACUUCAGAAAGUCUCGCUUUGAUGAGGGCCCUGACCACCGUCGCCCUCAACACCAGCGUGCCAGAACACCAAGUGUUUCAUCCAAUGAGUCUGCAUCGCCGACACGUGCUUCUCCAGCACGGCGAGAUCGUGGCGGCGGCUUUUCCAACCGUCGGCGGGAUGAUUUCCAGCAGCGCGGUAAUUUCUCCGCGAUGGGCAUGGCGGGACGUGGCGGUCACUCCUCUGCUGAUAUGUCAUCCAAGAACCGCAGCGGGCAAGUCUCGUCAACGUUCACGCCUGCAUCCAGUAUGGAAUGGAAGGACCCAUGGAGGCGGUCUCGCUCUCCCUCGCCGCGUCGCCAGAUGGCGAAGGAUGUAUUCCGCAGGCGUGGAGGGAAUCGGCGGUCCGGGCCAGGAUCAACAGUUGCACCACGGUCGCCGUCGUUAUCGCCUGUCAUGUCGCCAACUGCAUCGCCCGGCCCGGCCUCGCCCACAAUGUCACCUACUCAAUCCCCCGUGCGUCCAACUACGCCGCCACUACCUGAAUCCAAGCGUAGCAUGUUUGAGAAGUACUCCACCUUUGCGGAGCAUCCUCUGCAGCCUAUUGCUGACAAUCGCUCAUCGCGUGCGCGCCAGGAUGGCUUCAAUCGCUCCUGGUCAGGCAAUAGCCGGCGCCAUUCGCCACCCAAUCGUCGCCGACAAUCUCCAAGGCGCUCUCCUCCAAGAAGGAAGCGAGAGUCUCGUUUCCAACAAGCGAGCUCACCGCCUCGUUCUCCCCAGCGCUUUGGUCAGCGCUCCGAGUCCAAACGCUUCGUUUCUAAUUCUCCUGCAAGGCAACGGACCCCGAUACCGCACUCGCCAUCCCCGGAGUAUUCGCCGUCCAGGAGAAGAAGUGGCAGUCCAGCCAGGAGGUGGGGAUCCCCAAUGUCGCCGAGAAGACGUGCAUCACCACCACCACCAAGGCGCUCCAACAGGGCAUCGCCAACACCUGGCAGGUCUGGCCGCUACCGGUCUCCUCCCAAAUCAUUGUCAAGAAACCGUUCCCACUCGCGCUCGCCAGACCGGAGGCGAUCUUACUCGCGCUCGCCAGACCGGCGAAGAUCGUACUCUCGCUCACCGCCGCGCUGGAGAUCACCCUCCCGGAACAGAGUCCGUUCAACUGGAUGGAGAGAAGGAAACAAACGGAACCACUCUCCUCCGUCAUCUCCUGACAAUCGCAGGAAGAGAUCGUACAGGAAUAACAGCCCAUUCCGCCGUUCUUACUCAUCUCCACGGCGGAAUCCUGGACCCAUCCAGCCGCGUACACCAUCGGGGUCUCCGUCUCCACAGCGUCUGUCUCCACAGCGUCAUCAGUCCCCUCAACGGCUGAGCGUGUCGAGAGGUAAUUCUCGCCGCCCGAGCAAAUCGUCGUCACGCGGCAUAUCGCCGAAUGUGUCUACAUUCCGUCCGUCCAUUCCCGACGAAGACCUACUGGGAUCAGAUUCAGAUUCAAGCUUUGGUUCACGGUCAAGAUCACGGUCACGCUCUGUAUCGCGAUCCAGGUCCCGGUCCCGGUCUGGUUCACGGUCAAGGUCCAGGUCGGCCUCGCGGUCCCAGUCCAGGUCGCGGUCACAAUCUGCACGCCGCUCCAGAACACCUAUGCGAGGAGAUACUUCACCGUCAGCACUUGUGGAACAGUUUGGCGACGCAUUGGCUUCUGAAGUGCAAGGCUCUGCAAGCAACCCACAACGCAAGCAGGAACUUCUGGCCGAGUUGAGAGCUGUUGAAGCCGCAAUAGCGAGAAAGCGAGCUAAGCUAGGUUGAUGUCCUCUAGUGUGCGCUAAUGCACUGUGUCAUAUGUGUAUAUUGCUUUCGCAUUGCUUUUGCCAUUUUGGUAUUUUUCGUUGAUUGUUGAUUUUGCUUGCUUUGUAAUUGUGUAGAUGUGUGAAUCACUGCGGCACCCGUUGCUCAUUCAAUGAGUCCCUUCCCUGUGUAUGUGUGUGUGUGUAUAUACAUUGUGAAUUGCUCUGUUUCUUUGCAUUCUUUCUGCGUUGGGCCAGGCCGAGCGUAAUGGUAUGAUCGUGCAUGGUGCGUGUGUGUGUUUGCGCGUGUGUGUGUAUGCCCUUUUGUGCUGAUCGCAUUGUUGACUAACUGUGCACUUGUAUUUUGCACGUCCCCUCGCACCAUCUAGAUACGCACUGGAUAACUCUGUCGUUUUAGAAUGCUAGCCUGCCGCAUCUAACCUAUACGCGCAAUGUUAUUGUAGUUAUCCAUCUGCUCCCGCUGGAUCUCUGCAUUUCAUUUCGCCAAAUUUUCCAGCUUCUUUUAAUGCGCGCUUACGCUGUGGAGAGGUAGAACUGGCUUUUACCCUUGCCUGUCCCAGAGCCGCUGCCCCUCUUCACUCGCUUGUAAUGUAUGAUGGUAAUGUGGUGUACAUACCAGGCUGUUACUACGAACACUCUUCCCAUCACUUUUUUGUCCAGACACUUUGCAUAUUCUACGCGCCCGCCAUCGUCUCAUGACCUUUUUUUGUUAUCCCGCUCGUUCCCUAACACUACUUCUGCUAAUAAAACGUACUUGCUGUGCAAUGUCUUUAUUUUGGAAUAAAUUCUUGUAUCUGUA